UGGGAGCUCCUCGGGGGUGUCUGCUCCUUUCCGCUCGGAAGGUCCUGACCGCCUGAGGCCGUUCUCUUCCUCCGCUGCGCUCUGACCGAGCUCCCGAAGCCCACCGCCGCCCGGUUACCCGAGCUUUAACCGGGAGAGAGCCGCCGUUCCUGCGGGAGAGAGGGGAGAUAGGUUUCCGGUGUUUAGAGGGAGAGCGGCCGGAGCUGCGGAGUCUGGGUUUAAACGGUUGAUGAAUCUGGUUCUGCUCCCAUGGAUACCAUGAGCGUGAGCAAAUAAUCAACCCUGGGUCUCAUGGCUCCCCUCUUGCCCUGACGUCUUGGUUUAUCCAGGAUCCAAAAUGAGCAUAAGCAGCGAUGAAGUCAACUUCCUGGUGUACAGAUACCUGCAGGAGUCCGGCUUCUCGCACUCAGCCUUCACUUUUGGCAUAGAGAGCCACAUCAGCCAGUCAAACAUCAAUGGAGCGCUGGUGCCCCCAGCUGCCCUCAUCUCCAUCAUCCAGAAGGGCCUGCAGUACGUGGAGGCCGAAGUUAGCAUCAACGAGGAUGGCACCCUGUUUGAUGGCCGGCCAAUCGAAUCUCUUUCUCUGAUCGACGCUGUGAUGCCAGAUGUGGUGCAGACGCGGCAGCAGGUCUACCGGGACAAGCUGGCCCAGCAGCAGGCUGCUUCAGCCUCCAGCACCUCUGGCACAACUGGGGCCAAAAACGGAGAGAACACUGCAAACGGAGAGGAGAACGGAGCACACAACAUACCCAACCAUCACUCAGACAUGAUGGAGGUGGACCGGGCAGUGGAGAUCCCAGCAAGUAAAGCCGUGGUGCUGAGGGGUCAUGAAUCGGAGGUGUUUAUCUGUGCCUGGAACCCUGUCAGCGACCUGCUCGCCUCCGGGUCUGGGGACUCGACGGCGCGGAUCUGGAACCUGAGUGAGGGCAGCUCGGGCGGAUCCACACAGCUGGUGCUGCGCCACUGCAUCCGAGAGGGAGGUCAGGACGUGCCCAGCAACAAAGACGUCACCUCACUGGACUGGAAUAGUGAAGGUACUCUUCUAGCCACCGGCUCCUACGACGGCUUUGCCAGAAUAUGGACUAAAGAUGGCAACCUUGCCAGUACAUUGGGUCAGCACAAGGGUCCCAUAUUUGCUCUAAAGUGGAACAAGAAAGGCAACUUUAUUCUCAGUGCUGGUGUUGAUAAGACCACAAUCAUUUGGGAUGCACACACAGGAGAAGCCAAACAGCAGUUUCCAUUCCAUUCAGCUCCCGCUCUGGACGUGGACUGGCAGAGCAAUAACACGUUUGCCUCCUGCAGCACAGACAUGUGCAUCCACGUAUGCAAGCUGGGCCAGGACCGACCAGUCAAGACAUUCCAGGGCCACACGAAUGAAGUAAAUGCAAUCAAAUGGGAUCCGACCGGCAGCCUUCUGGCCUCCUGCUCUGACGACAUGACGCUAAAGCUUUGGAGUAUGAAGCAGGACACGUGUGUUCAUGACCUACAAGCUCACAGUAAAGAGAUUUACACCAUUAAAUGGAGCCCCACUGGACCUGGAACCAACAACCCCAAUGCCAAUCUUAUGCUAGCCAGUGCGUCGUUUGACUCAACAGUGCGGUUGUGGGAUGCUGAACGCGGAGCCUGCAUCCACACACUCACCCGGCACCAGGAGCCCGUCUACAGCGUGGCCUUUAGCCCUGACGGACGCCACCUGGCCAGCGGCUCCUUCGACAAAUGUGUCCACAUCUGGAACACUCAGAGUGGCGCUCUAGUGAACAGCUACCGAGGAACAGGGGGCAUUUUUGAGGUGUGCUGGAAUUCGACCGGAGACAAAGUAGGAGCAAGUGCAUCAGACGGAUCGGUUUGCGUAUUAGACCUGCGGAAAUGACGCUGCCAACGGGGAAGCCAUGGACCGACUAUGAAUGUGUACAUAGCCAAAUUCACUGACUGGCCCUGACCCUGGGUCCGCAGAUCUGAGCUCUGGAUUCCCCACGCUGCCCCGUCUAUAGGAGACCUCUCGGAGAGGACACACUGAUUUUACACACACACACACACUCACACAAACAGGUGUGGAAAAAGGACUGUUAUAAAUAUAUUCCCACACAGGAUACAUGACCUAAUAAAUCACCUGUAGAUUUGUUUUUUUAUUUUAUUAUUAUUUUGUAAAUUUUCCCUUAUUCUUCAUUCCAAAACCAAGAGGCAGCAGAUACGCGUAUGUUUUGCAUGUAUAGUGCACAUUUCAGCUUAGUUUUUUCUUUUUCUUUUUUUCGUUCUUUUUUUUUGUGAAAGAGAUCCUGUUGAUUUCAGCAGGGUGAAAAACAAACGGUCAUCCGUCACUGACAGCGAUUUUUGGCGUUGCAAGGAAAAAAAACGCUCAAAGAUUGCCAAAUGUUUCACAAUUCUCCCCUUCUUUCUUUCUUUAUUCCUUUCUUUUUCUUUCUUUCUUACUUUUUUGAACACUUGAUAUUUUUUUCUCCCAAUUUCUUCAGCUGUAUAGAAGAAUACAACUAACGCCAUUAGAUCACUUAAGGUUUGUUGUGAUGAAGCGAAAGGAUCAUCUUUCUUUUAAACACGACCUAUGCAACAUCUGCACUAUUAAAAUUAAAGGUACUUCAAAUGAAGAACCGCUUUUGGUUUAAUAAAGAACCAUGUUUGUUAUAUAUAAGAUGUGUCAAGAGUUUACCAGUUUGCAUUUAUGUCUUUAUUAAUGACGAACAUGGUUCUUGAUGGAAUCCAAUGUAUUACAACAUAUGGAAUCAAACCAAUCAAAGAGUCAUUUGAAGUGCCUUUAUUUUUAGGAGCGUAUGGAUAGAUUUUUAGAGCGUAGGCAAAAUCGAACAGAUGAACUGAAUUGAAUUCUAAGGUUACCGCUCAACGUUCUUUGUCAAACUAUGUUAGUUUGCUUAGAAGAUAAUGGCUAGCACAUCAUAAACGUCACCUUCAGUGAAAAUACAGCCUUGCUUUAUCGGUUACAAGGAGAAAAAGCAGAAAUAUAAUUUUCCUAGGAAACAGACUUUUGUCUUUUGAGCUCAGCAUAUCCAUUGUAACUUUACGUUUUACUUAAAUUAACGUAAAUGAAUGGUUUGGGAGGAAAAAUGAAAUGAACACGCUUUUCCAUAGAACCCAGGUGUAGUUGAACAGCUAAGCUAUAUUUAGUUUCUCAGGGGGACGUCUGUGAGAAAUAUUUAACACCUCUGCUCAGUGAUGAAACUCUUAAAUUCAGACUGCGAUUGAAGAAACAGGAGGACCAGUUAUUUGAGUUUUUUGGUGUUUCUCGCUCACCAGACAUCAGCAGCUCAGUUCAGUAGCUCCUCCAUUUCCACUCCCUAGUUUGUUUUUACGUGGAUCUCUGUGGAAACGCACGCCCAAAGUGUAAUUACAGUUCACGGCAGUGGACAAAUAGCUGUUUUAUUAAACGCGAGGAGAGAAAACUCAGCGAUGAGGAUCCGGACGGGACUAAAAUUACCGGAGGACCACGGAGAGAAACAGUAGAUAGUUCAGCCAGUAAUUGGGACGGAAAUGGGAAGAUAUGGGACGUGAAUAAAACCACAGAGAAAAUUACCCCAGGAACCCCCUGAGAAAAUAAUCACGUCCGGAUAGGGCUUAAAUUUUUGCCCUUUUUGUUUUGUUUUUUUGUGACACAAGGCUAAUGUUGGUUCACUUUUCCCCAAAUGCUUUUCUAUAAAUCAUUUGUUCACAUUUAGCUCUACAGCUCUUGCCACAGAUUUGCCUAUGUCUCUGCCUAUGGUUCUGACUGCAGGCCAAUUUAGUUUUUUCAAAUGAGAAACAUGAUCUGCUGAGAUCUGAUCCUAUCUCUUGCAAAUAAGAGUGAGCAACUGUCCUCACAGUUAUUUUGCAAUAGAUAGGAUCAGAUUUGCAUAAUUAACUCCUCUUGGUACUCCACACUUCUGUCACUCUGAAAUCACUUUUUGAGUGUUUGAGAGACCAACGCAUCCAGAAUGAGACAUAUCUGUGCAAAUUAGAUUUUUAACCAACUCCAAUCAAACCCUUUUUGGUUUGCAUCAGAUUAGAAGAAAAUAUGUGUUGUUGUUUUUUUUAUAUAUGAUUUUGGAUGUCCAGACAAUGAAAAAUCCUUCUGACUCAAAUCUAGAUACACUAGAAAUCAGAUUUAAGCUGAUAGUCUGAACAGUGUAAUGGCACUAUAGCAUAACCUUAGUGAUUAAGGACAUUUCUGCUGGAAUGAAGGGUUGAAAUGUGCAAAAAAGAUUAGUAGCAUUAGCAGGGUCAGCCUUACAGCUCCACCUAAAGAAGUAAAAUUGGUCAAAUUUGGACACAGAGCAAGCCUUGGCUGAUCUGAGCUACAUCUGAGGGUAGAUGGAAACAUGUAAAUUUGAUUUAGGUAGGUUUCUUCAUGAAGUAUCAUCACAGUGUCUAUGCUUUUCCCCACAGAUACAAGUUCAGUUAGCGUCGCCAUUGCGUGUGUCUGUGUAUUUGUGUGUGUGGGUGUGUGUCAGUGUCGAGUCCUCUCAGAACAGGGAAGAGCUUCAGAGCUUCAUCCUCCAGUGAGCGUCUGUCUACGGUCGGUCUGUGCACUGAAAGUUGGUAGUUUAGUUCAGUAGGGUUUAUUUUUUGUUAUUGUUGUUUUUGGGCUUGUACGUUGGCGAGCAUCACUAAAGCUUGAACACAGAGGACAGAUAUCUAUCAGAUAUCUGACUACGUCCACUUAACCGCAGGGAUUCUCCUCAAAACACACUGCUUGGAAGAAGAACGUCAUAUUGAGGUCCUUUUAAAGUCAGCUGUCGAAAUGCUGUCAGACGGUCUUUAGUUAUAACCAGUCAGAAGUGAAAGAGGACUGACGGCGCACGAGUUACUCUCCUGCACUUUAGAUAGACGUAAUGCAAAGAAUUCCAUCGAGCACUUAUCAAUUUUGGAUGUUGAAUUGGUGGAUUUUUUUUUUUUUUUUUCGUACUUUAUUUCUUCUUUUUUUUUUUGGACAGAAGUAGCAAUAGUAAUUCUCUAGGGGUGUCUCAUAUUUAUGGAAACCCAUUCCCACCUCCUUAAAAAAUAUUUAAAAAAAUAAUAAUAAUUACCCAGCAUAUUUUUAAUUAUUAUUAUUAUUAUUAUUAAGUAAACUGCUAUCUCAUUUGAUGAGAAAGUAAGUAAUUAUUUUGACAUUCUGAGUCAAGUUUGAGAUACUAAGUCAUUAUUUUAAAAUACUCUCAUUAUUUUUGACAUAGUAUCUCGAAAAAAUGACUUACUAUCUCAUUAUUUUUAGAAACUAAGUCAUUAUUUUGAGAUACUGCCUUAUUAUUUUGAGAUAGUAUUUUAAAAUAAUGACUCACCAUUUCAUACUAAGUCAUUAUUUUAAAAUACUCAUUAUUUUGAGAUAGUAUCGCGAAAUAAUGACUUAUUGUCUUAUUAUUUUGAGAUAAGUCAUUAUUUUGAGAUACUAAGUCAUUUAUAUUUCAGCAGUAUUUCAUGAUUUGUGAGUCCACGUCUAAAAUAGUCCUCAAUGAUCGUAACCAUCCAAAAAUAAGGAGAUAGUACGUCAUUAUUUUAAGAUACUAUCUCAAUAUAAUGACUUAGUAUUUCAAAAAUAAUUACUUACUUUCUCAAAAUAAUGAGAGAGCAGUUUACUUAUUAAUAAUAAUAAUAAAAUGUGCUGCAUUAUUGUUUUUUUUUUUUAAGGUGGCGGAAAUGGGCUUCCAUAUAAAUUGACUUGAAAGUUAUGUAAGUUUUUUUGUAGAAUGCAUUCUACCCUCCUGAAAAUAGAGGUGCUUCAGAUGUUAUUUGAUUGCAUUUGACUGCAUUGAUGGUAUAAAGAAAGAACCACCUUUGGUUCCAUAAAGAAACAGUAAGUGUUAAGAAUAUAUUCGUGGUUCUUUGUAAUUUUGGAAUCAGUCGCUCUGUAGCAUCUUUCAUUUUUAAGAGGGUAGUGUGUUUGUUACAGGACAAGACAGUCAGUCCCAGUCUGACGGCAUCCCAGGACUGUGUGUUGUGUUGCUCCGUUUUCUUUCUUUCUUUUGUUCUUUUUUUUUUUUUUUUAAAUAUAAAAAUCCAAGGAAUCUUUUAUAUAUAUAAAAAAAUCCAGAUAAAAAAAAUAUGCUAUAACCUACUAGGGGUUCACUUUCUUCAUCAAAUGAAUCCUAAUUUGCCGGUUUUGUCCCGAAUGUCUCAAAUUUUGUAAAGAGAUGAGUAUUUUGAUGCUUGCUUUAAAUAAUCAAUAAUACAUAGAUUGUACCAUAAAGACACUAUUUAUUAUAUUGUCUAUGACAGUGGAAAAGGUAUUUUUUAACGUUUUUGAUUUUAAAGAGACGUGCUUUUUAUGGUGCACUCAGAAAAUAAAUAAACAAACAAACAAAAAAAAAGUUGGUCCUACCUUUUAAAACCGCCUGGCUCUCUCCUCCUCGCCGUGUCCGUUUUGUACUCUUUGGAAAUUACUGUUUUUUUUUUUUAAACUCUGCUUUAUUUGUAGUCGUCUACGCAAAAAAUGAAAAAAAAAAAAAAAAAAAAGCUAAAGGACGUACAUGGGCAUAUCUUAACAUCCUGGACCAUGUAAAUAUCUGUUAAAUGAUUCCCCCACUUUUUCUUUUCUUCUAUUUCUUUUUUUUCUUCAUUUUUGGAGGGGGGGGUAUCCUACCCCACUCUUUUUCUUUCUCUUGCUCACAGCUUGUUGCGAAAGCCUUUCUCUGCAAUGUUGAUUUGACUUUUGUGAUUUGAGUCAAAUCAAAUGGAAAAAAAGUCCAGAAUAAACUAUAUUUUGAUAA